UUCUUUUCCUUUCUUUUCCUCAACACAAUUCACGAUUAAAUUGACCCUUAAAGAAAAAAAUUUGAAGUAAUUUUCUCUCACACCCAACAAAUCAAAAGUUCAAACCCCUACAUAGCAGCCUAGCCCACUUGCUCUUUUUCUCAUAAGCUAGCUAGCUCCUAGCUGCUGCAUCAAACGAUCAAAAUAGUAUUAGCUCAAUAAAUUAGCCCAUUUCACAAAAAGAUCAUUGCAUUGGAUCAUCAUUUUUAUUAUUUACAUACAAGAUCAAAAUGGUGCUGUUUUGUGGCUAGCUCGUAAUCAAAAAAAGAAAAGAUAGAACUGCUAGCUUUAGUCACAAAUCUGUCUUCAGUCCCUACCAAAGGGCACCUUCCCCUGUCAUUUCAGUCAACACAUGCACUCAGAGUUUAUGGAAAUUCCUUUAAAUUCAUUUCUAUCUUCGUCUGCAUAUGAAACAAACCAAAUGUUACUUUCUUUUUCAUGGGUGAAGCUUGUUUUUCACACAACAUAGAUUUUGAGGACUUGAAGCAUUGCCCCACAACGUUCAAAUUACAAUACACGAACUCCAUCUCCCUGCUAUCUUAUUGGAUUCUCUUCAGCGAAAGGGGAGAUAAAAGAUGCCCACCAUGUGUUCGACCUUUAUUCCCAAAUGGCCAACACUGCUACGCUAUUGAAAUAAACAAACGCCCUUCUGGUCCCCUUCUUGUUUCAAAAAGCAGCUAAAUUAUAAUCUCAUAUCACCUAAUUACACCACGUCUUUCCUUCUUUUUCACAAGCUUUCUCUAGUCCCCAUGCAUAAUAUCGCUCGCCCAAUUCAUAAAAAAAAUGCAAAAUUUAUCAUGAACUGCACAGUUUAAUUUCUUUCUCCCCCUGGCCCGGGGGGGGGGGGGGGUGGUUUGUUAAUUUCUGCAAGUGUCAUUCUCUGGUUUGGUCUGCAAGUUCCAAUGGAGAUCUUCAGAGGAUUCUACCUCAAUCUCCUUCUUGCUUCAAUGCUUGUCUCUGCAGUUUCAGAAGCUGAUCGCUUCUCUGAGGCUCUCCUGAGCUUAAAGUCUGAGCUUGCUGAUAACUACAACAGUUUGAGUGAUUGGAUUGUGCCUCCAGGAGAGAACCCAUCUCAAAAAAUCCAUGCCUGUUCUUGGUCUGGUGUCACCUGCAACAAGAAUCUUACCACAGUCACUGGUUUGGAUCUCUCCGGGAAGAAUCUUGAUGGUGUGAUCUCUGGAAAGCAAUUCAAUCUCUUCACUGAGCUUGUUGAUCUCAACCUCAGUGCCAAUUCUUUCUCAGGCCGGCUUCCAGUGGAGAUUUUCAAUCUCAACAAUCUGAGAAGCUUGGAUAUCAGCAGAAACAAUUUUUCUGGCCACUUCCCUGUUGGGAUUUCCGCCCUCCGGCACCUUGUUGUGCUUGAUGCACUCAGCAACAGCUUUUCCGGGCCAUUGCCGUCAGAGGUCUCCCAGCUUGAACUUCUCAGAGUUUUCAAUUUAGCUGGGAGUUACUUCAUUGGACCAAUCCCACCAGAGUAUGGCUCUUUCAAGAGCCUUGAGUUUAUUCAUCUUGCAGGAAAUUUUUUAAGUGGAAACAUUCCACCAGAAUUGGGUAAGCUUAAGACUCUGACACAUAUGGAGAUUGGCUACAAUUCUUACCAAGGUGGCAUCCCUUGGCAAUUGGGUAACAUGAGCGAGCUUCAGUAUCUUGAUAUUGCUGGCGCUAAUCUCUCUGGACCAAUCCCAAAAGAACUCAGCAAUCUCACCAAUCUUCAAUCACUUUUUCUCUUCAAAAACCAGCUCACUGGAUCGAUUCCUCGGGAAUUCAGCAGAAUCAGUGCUCUUAGAAACUUGGAUCUUUCUGUAAACCAAAUCUCUGGGGCAAUUCCUGAGAGUUUUGCCUGGCUGAAGAAUCUUAGAUUGCUCAGUUUAAUGUACAAUGACAUGAGUGGCUCUGUUCCUGAAGGAAUUGCACGACUCCCAUUACUGGAUGCUCUUCUCAUUUGGAACAAUUUCUUCUCUGGGUCACUUCCACCCAGCUUGGGAAUGUACUCGAAACUCAAAACGGUGGAUGUUUCAUCAAAUAAUUUUAUCGGCAGCAUUCCUCCAGGCAUCUGCGAUGGAGGUGUGCUGCUCAAGUUGAUGUUGUUUUCGAAUAAUUUUACGGGCAGGAUUCCUCCAUCACUCUCCAACUGUUCUUCCCUUGUUCGUCUUCGUCUUGAAGAUAAUUCAUUCUCAGGCGAGAUCCCAUUGAAAUUUAGCCGUCUGUCCAAUAUCACCUAUGUUGAUCUGUCCAGAAACAAAUUCAUAGGUGGGAUACCCUCUGAUGUAUCCCAAUCUUCCAAGCUUCAGCACUUCAAUGUUUCAGAGAAUCCAGGGCUUGGAGGCACCGUACCAGCACAAACAUGGUCUCUGUCAUUUCUUCAGAAUUUCUCAGCAUCCUCGUGUAAUAUUUCAGGCAAUCUUCCUCCAUUCCAAGUAUGCAAGUCAGUUUAUGUGAUUGAAUUGGGUGGGAACAUCUUAUCAGGGUCUGUCCCAGAUAGCAUCUCCAAGUGUUGGGCUCUUGAGAGGUUGGACUUAGCAGACAAUAAUUUAACAGGCCCUAUACCUCUCGAGCUUGCAGGUCUUCCUGCACUUGAAGUCCUAGACCUAUCACAGAAUAAUUUCAGUGGCCCUAUACCCAUGAGGUUCAGUAAUUCUUCAACAUUAGUACUCUUGAAUGUAUCUUUCAAUGAUAUUUCAGGUUCUAUUCCUUCGGCGAAGAGAUUCGGUUUGAUGGGUGCCAGUGCUUUUGUUGGAAAUCCAAAGCUGUGCGGAGCACCUUUGCAACCAUGUGCUGAUUCAAAGGAUAUUCAACAUGGUCUAAGAUGCGGAAGCAAACUUACAUGGGUUCUGCUGCUGUGUGCAGGGGUUGUGUUGUUCAUUGCAGUUUCAGUUAUGGGGAUAAUUUAUGUUCGAAAAAGAAUUAAAGGCCGGUGGAAGAUUGUAUCCUUCAUUGGGCUCCCCCAGUUCACAGCAAAUGAUGUUCUGCGAAGCUUCAACGCCACAGAACCUGUGGAAACAUUAACAAUGCAAUCGGCUUCAGUCUGCAAAGCAGUUCUUCCCACAGGAAUAACAGUCUCAGUGAAGAAGGUCGAAUGGGAAGCAAAAAGAAUGAAGGUCAUGUCAGAUAUCAUAACCCAAAUGGGCAAUGUAAGGCACAAGAAUUUGAUAAGAUUGCUAGGGUUCUGCUAUAACAAGCAUCUUGCUUAUCUCUUGUAUGAUUACUUGCCUAAUGGAAACCUGGCUGAGAAGAUCAGAUUGAAGAGGGAUUGGGCAGCCAAGUACAAAAUUGUAAUUGGCAUUGCUAGAGGACUUUGUCACCUUCAUCAUGAUUGUUAUCCAGCAAUUCCACAUGGUGAUCUGAAAUCUAGUAACAUACUGUUUGAUGAAAAUAUGGAACCCCAUUUGGCUGAAUUUGGAUUCAAAUCUCUUGUUCAACCCAAAAGAGGAUCAUUUUCUGCAGCAUUUUCUGGGAUAGAAACAGGUGAGCUCAACACUGCAACCAAAGAGGAACUCUACAUGGACAUUUACAAAUUUGGGGAAGUCAUCCUGGAAAUUCUAACAAAUGGUAGGCUGACGAAUGCGGGAGGAAGCAUACAAAGCAAGCAAAGGGAGGUUCUUUUGAGAGAGGUUUGUGAGGAGAACAGAGUUAUUGGUUCCACCUGCUCAUCACAAGAGGAGAUAAAACUGGUGCUUGAAGUUGCAUUGCUCUGCACCAGAAGCAGGCCUUCUGAUAGGCCAUCCAUGGAAGAUGCGUUAAAGCUUCUAUCAGGUUUAAAGCCACAGAGAAAAUAGCAGGAAACAUAUUAGUGUAAUGAGGAAGGGGCUGCAAGUUCCGGACUAUCUACAGAUAGUUAAUAGACUAGAUAGCUGCCAAUUAGAGUGUGCAUUUGCAUUUGUAUUUGAGUUGGUUGAUAGCUUGUUCCUGUCAGUACAGAUGAAAUUAGGCUCUUGUAAAGUAUUGUCCUAUAAGUUUGUGUAUUUAAGCUUGUGGUGGAAGAUAUAAGUGAAUUACUGUAUUUAUUCAA